GGGAAAAUGGCGUGUUUUCACGAACGAUCGGACAAUUUGUAAAGAGUCGAGCGUCAUACCUCGUGACUUGUAAUUACACCCUCUUAUUUCCGCGAAGCACUCUGAAUUUUCCAGUGAUCACUUGGAGAUGACGGGGUCUUAGCUCUACCACCGCAUUGUGAAUAGUAUUUUUGUCAUCAGACAGAGGUGUAACUCUCUCACGUCAAGUGAUUCCACGGAUAAUGUGAAAACUGCAAAAAAUUGCUUUCACUUGUCUCCGUUUGUGAAAGUGUUCGAGGUCGGCAUCAUUAUUCUGAGCGAUGAAACCUUAUUUCUACUUUUACAUCAUUAGGAUGGUUACUGAGGCGUCCUUUAACUAUGGAGUCGAUUCAAACGCAUUGCCCGAAGCGAUACCUUGGGACGUGCGGAGCUGUCAGGUCCAAUGCGACUCGAUAUGGGGCAGGGUCCCCCAGUUGAACGUACCGUGGGCCAAAGCCUUCGUGGGGACCGAUUGCGCUUGUGGAUUUAACACAAAGAAACUCCACUCAUAUGAGAGCCAGACCUGCGUUCAGAGAUAUUUUUGGUAUCCACUCCGACAAAAGAAAAAGCUUGCCGAGAGGAUAAUUAAGGCGAGGUUUGGCCGUAAGAGCUCACGAGAACAAUUCGAGAUAUUCAAGCAAUCUUAUAAGAAAGUGUACAGCUCAAAGGAAGAAGAAUACAAGAGAUUUAAGAUCUUCGAGAAAAACUUGGUUGUGAUCGAGAAGCUCAUGGCUACGGCAACAGGAGAUCUCGUCUACGGAAUGGGCCCAUAUACAGAUCGAACAAGUGAGGAAUUCCAGGCAGGGCUGCAUUUCGACGAAGUGGAAGAGAGUUCUGGAGAAUCCACCAACUUGGAAACGCGUAUGCUGAGCCUCAGAUCGAAGAAUAAUUCCUUUGGCUUCAGGCGUGCUUACUCCCAACCACCAGCCCCCACGCCCAAUGGCUCCAACGGCCCAAAACCACCCCCCUUCGGAUACCCACCCGGCUUCGAGCCCCCUGGCUACGUCCCUCCACCCCCCCGCAGCAAUUCCGUCCCGAAGAACUGCAAGUACUUGUCCCCGUUCUUUGUCGGGAAAUAUCCCGAGGGAUCACCACUACUGGAUUGGCGCCUUCCUGCUGAGUUCUACCCGGAGGUUGAAUCUCAGUCACUACCAGGAUGUUUGUGCGGCUCAUGUUGGGCGUUUGCGGCUGCCGCUGCUGUUGAGAUAUUUUUCGCUAGGGUUGCAGGCGAAAUAACCCCGCUCUCCAAACAAGCGUUGCUUGACUGCUGCCCUGGCGAUGGCUGUAAAGGCGGAAAAAUUGCAAACGCUCUGGACUACAUUAAAAAAUCCGGACUGCCAACUUCCAAUGCUUACCCAUACAGGGCAAAGAAAGAGUCGUGUAGGUCAGACGUUCCACCUUACGCAAAGAUUACAGACUUCGUGAGGCUCACAGAUGAUAUAGAAUCUCACGUAAGGUGGUUGCAAAUCAGUCCAAUCGCAACGAACAUGAUCGCUCCUGUAGAGUUCCAACACUACGUCUCCGGAGUGUUUGAUGUACCUCGAUGCGGCGGUCUCGAAUUGGGAGACCUGAACCAUAGUGUUGUUAUCGUUGGUCAUUUUAAAGACGCAUGGAUCGUUCGGAACAGUUUUACCAGAAAUUGGGGCAUAAAGGGUCACGCUCUCAUAAAAAAAGGAAGGUGUGGAAUAGGUCUUGAAAGUUACGGGGUAGUUGAUCCGUACGUGGUUCCACAACCUCCUGCAAGUGCUCCAGCUCCACCACGCAAAAUGCCAGCUAAACGCGGACGCAAAAGGAAGACCUACUGACAACGUACAAGUCAAUUGAGUGUCAUUCUUUCAUAUCAUUUGAUAUUAUUAGUAUAUUAUAAAAUGUUUUUAAGAGUCUAGAUUCUAGAUCCAAUGUGUUUUUAUCCAGUGAUUGUUUAAACUCAGAAUAAGUCAAUAUUGAGUAAUAAAACGAUUCUUGAUUAAGAUCAAUUUAUGUAAUAACUUUUAAAUCUUUUAUGAUAUUAUUCCAAUCCUCGAGACAUGUACUCACAAAAUUAAAUCAGCGAGUAACUCGCCUUCCUUUUGAGAGAAUAAAACUAGUUCCGCUGAUUCUGAUUAGAUCGGAAUGAAAUGUUAACUGUCUUUGUAGAGAAGUUACGAAUAUUAAUCCUUGAGAUUAUUGGGAUGUUUUUGAUCAAAUUGUGAAUAAAAUUCUUUCAGCAGUAUAAAUAAAUAUUCAUUAGUUUUCCAGAUAAUUUGUCUUACAUCAACCGAAACAUGCCGUUCCUUUUGAACAUGACAGCCGUGUAGAUUCAUCUGUUCUAUUGUAACAUUUCCAUCGGGCCUUCAGACAAGGUACGAAUUGAAACACUAGGCGACACGUUUUUUUCCCUCCA